CUGUUUUCUUCCCCUUCUCCACUCCUUUAUCUCUGUCUUCCCCGCCUCUAAACCCCCGUACAGAAUUCGCAGAGCUCCCCUGACAAUCUAAAUUCCUCUUCUCCGGUCGGCGGACCCCUCGAUAAUUCCGGCUCAAUUCCUCGAUUUUUUCUUUAUUUUUCUUUUAUUAUUGCGCAACCCUUUGCCAUCCUCAUUUUCACUUCGAUUCCGCAAACUCUCAAUGCACACCGAACCUCCAAAACCUGUUGUUUCUUCAAGGUAUUUGCAUUGUGGAUUCUUUUCAAAUGAGUAGGAGAGGGCCGACAGGUUGUCAGGUUUGCGGGGACUAUCCGUCUGGUUGAUAUCCGUGAUAUUCUGAAGGAAACAUGGCUCUCCAGAAAUACAUUCCUUCCAGUAAUUUACCUUCUGCUAGAAUGAAACCUUUAAGUUUUACAAUUAAGGUGCGUGAAAAUGCUAAACUUGCAGAUCCAGGGAUGAGACGGUCUGUGGAGGCUGAUGUGGAUGUUGACCUCAGAGAAGUUUAUUUUUUGAUUAUGCAUUUUCUAUCAACUAGUCCAUGUCAAAGAACAUGUGGACAGUUAUUGGAUGAACUUCUUGAACAUCAACUUCUACCUAGAAGAUAUCAUGCUUGUUAUUCAAGGAACAGAGCCUGUAGUGGGGAUGAAAAUGAUGAUGGCACGUCUUUCCCUUUGAAUUAUGCUCAGUUGGUUGAAAGGUAUCCUCACAUUGAAAAGGAUCACUUGGUAAAGCUUCUGAAGCAACUGAUGUUGAGUUCAACCUCUCCAUCACGAGACAUAAAUGGCAGAGGUGCUCCAAAUGCAGCAGAUGUUCCUACACUGCUUGGGACGGGUUCAUUUUCACUUUUGAGCUUUAAAAUUGUUUGGCUUAUUUUUAGUUCUGGUUCUCUUGCCUCUUCAGAUGAUAGCUAUAAAGGAGAAAAAGAAGUCAAACAUCCUCCGGCUCACAUGCGUUGGCCACAUGUUCAUGCUGAUCAGGUUCGUGGGCUGGCUUUGAGGGAAAUUGGAGGUGGUUUUGCAAGACACCACCGGGCACCAUCUAUUCGUGGUGCAUGUUAUGUCAUUGCAAAACCAUCAACCAUGGUGCAGAAAAUGCAGAAUAUCAAGAGACUCCGGGGACACCGUAAUGCUGUUUAUUGUGCAAUAUUUGAUCAAUCAGGGAGAUAUGUUAUUACUGGUUCUGAUGACCGCCUUGUAAAAAUUUGGUCUAUGGAGACUGCAUAUUGCUUGGCCAGCUGUCGUGGACAUGAAGGUGACAUAACUGACUUGGCUGUGAGUUCCAAUAAUGUUCUGGUGGCAUCCUCUUCAAAUGACUGUGUCAUUCGUGUUUGGCGUUUGCCAGAUGGCCUGCCAAUAUCAGUCCUACGUGGACACAAUGGAGCAGUUACUGCAAUUGCAUUUAGUCCCAGGCCUAGCUCCAUAUACCAGCUUCUAUCCUCAUCUGAUGACGGAACAUGUAGGUUGUGGGAUGCUAGGAAUGCCCAAGUUGCUCCACGGAUAUAUGUUCCAAGGCCCUCAGAUUCUGCUGCUGGAAGGAACAGUGGUCCAUCCUCAAGUAACAGUCAACAGAGCCAUCAAAUAUUUUGUUGUGCAUUUAAUGCUAGUGGAACUGUCUUUGUCACUGGUAGCUCAGAUACUCUAGCUAGGGUGUGGAAUGCCUGCAGAUCCAAUUUAGAAGACCCAGAGAAACCCAAUCAUGAGAUAGAUGUGUUAUCUGGUCAUGAAAAUGAUGUUAAUUAUGUGCAAUUCAGUGGUUGUGCUGCGGCAUCUAGACUUUCAACAACAGAAAUCUCAAAGGAAGAGAAUGUUCCAAAAUUUAGAAACUCUUGGUUCACUCAUGACAACAUAGUUACCUGUUCGCGGGAUGGCAGCGCAAUCAUAUGGAUUCCUAGAUCACGUAAAUCUCAUGGAAAGGUAGGCCGGUGGACACGUGCUUAUCAUCUCAAAGUUCCACCUCCACCAAUGCCACCUCAACCUCCACAAGGGGGUCCACGUCAAAGAAUUCUUCCAACACCUCGCGGUGUCAAUAUGAUAGUCUGGAGUCUAGAUAAUCGAUUUGUCCUUGCUGCUAUAAUGGAUUGCAGAAUAUGUGUAUGGAAUGCUGCUGAUGGUAGCUUAGUUCAUUCUUUGACCGGUCAUACUGAAUCUACAUAUGUAUUGGACGUUCAUCCUUUUAACCCUCGGAUAGCUAUGAGUGCCGGCUAUGAUGGAAGAACUAUAGUUUGGGAUAUAUGGGAAGGCAAACCUAUCUGGAUAUAUCCAAUUUCACAUUUCAAGUUGGUUGAUGGGAAGUUUUCACCGGAUGGCACAUCCAUUAUACUUUCAGAUGAUGUUGGCCAAUUGUAUGUGUUAAACACUGGCCAAGGGGAGGCCCAACAGGAUGCAAAAUAUGAUCAGUUCUUUCUUGGUGAUUAUCGCCCGCUUAUGCAAGAUACUCAUGGAAAUGUAGUUGACCAGGAAACUCAGCUUGCUCCAUAUAGAAGGAAUAUUCAAGACCUCCUCUGUGACUCAGGCAUGAUACCAUAUGAAGAACCCUAUCAGACUAUGUACCAGAAAAGACGGUUAGGUGCUCUGGGUCUUGAGUGGCAUCCUUCAUCUUCAAAACUUGCUGUUGGUCCAGACAUCACUCUAGACCAGGAAUAUCAAAUGUUACCAUUGGCAGACUUGGAUGGAAUGGUUGAUCCCCUUCCAGAAUUUAUGGAUGUUAUGGAUUGGGAACCCGAAAUUGAAGUGCUAAGUGACGAUAAUGAUUCAGAGUAUAAUGUCACUGAAGAGUUCUCUGCAGGAGUGGAUCAAGGAAUUAUAAGUUCUUCCUCUGGUGAGUCAGAGUGCAGUGCAGAAGACAGUGAGAUGGAGGACAAUGAUAAUGAUGUCCGUCGCAGAUCAAAAAGGAAAAAACUAAAGAGUGAAGUUGAGAUCAUGACAUCUUCUGGGAGGCGUGUUAAAAGGAGGAAUUUGGAUGAAUGUGAUGGCAAUUCAUCCAGAAAUAAGCACAAUAAGAAAUCUAGAAACAGCCGAAAAGCUUCCCACAAAAAGUCUUCAUCAAAGUCAUUGAGACCUCAAAGAGCAGCUGCACGCAAUGCUCUGACAUUGUUUUCCAAAAUUACUGGAACAUCUUCUGAUGGAGAAGAUGAAGAUGGCUCCAUUAGUGGGUCAUCUGAAAGUGAAUCCAUGAUCCAUGAUUCAAACAUUGAGAGUGAUGAAUCUGGUAGGUCUCUGCAAAAUGAAGCAAAGAAGCAUUCAAAAGGAAAAGAAGUUUCUCUAGAUGUAUCUGAGGAUGUAAUUAAAAUACAUGAAACCCCUGAAUCUCAUAAUGCCAGAAAGAGGUUGGUUCUGAAAUUGCCAGCUCGACAUUCCAAUAAAUCUGUGACCCUAGAGAGCAGGAUACUUAGGAAAGUUGAGAAGCUGGAUAAUUUAGCAAGCGCAGGUUCUCAGGAUGAAACUGAAGGAAGUAUAAGGCAUACCCGCUCUUUUGAUCCAGGUUGUUCUUCUCAAGAAAUGAAUUCCAGCAUAAUCAGUAGAGGAGCUAGAGGGUUGUCAGAUAAGAUUGCAGAUCACUUGCAUCUGCUGGAAGGAUUUGUAGAUGGGACUGUCAAAUGGGGAGGAGCCAAGGCUCGUUCUUCUAAACGUCUUAGGUUGGGAGAUGCCAUGUCAUCAGAUGCACACACUGGUUCUAGGGAACGUCUUAAUGAUCCCAAAGAGAUUAAAAAUAAUGAUGGUUACAUAAAAAGUGAAAAGGCUGCUGAUAUUGUAUCAGAAGUUUCAAAUGGCUUUGCUAAUGUUGAAAUGCAGUCAAUUUUCAGUGAAUGCAAGGAUCAUCAAGAAUCCCUCAAAUGGGCUAACAUAUCUUCUGAGGAUACAACUGCAGCAGCUACACACUAUCACAAUGGCAUUGAUCAGCCUCCUGAGCUAAAAGAAUGCAAUACUCCUGUUUCAAUGAAGUUGAGGAUAACAUCUAAAUGCAUUUCAACAAAUUCUGAAAUUUCUGAGGUGAAAAUACGAUGUUCCCAAGAGAAUCAUGUUAAUGAUGAGUGUGAUUCAUUGCACCAUUUUUCCUCUGAGUUGAAAGAAAAUCCCAUCUCAGAAGUACCUAAGUUUGAUGAAACCAGUGGGUUUGGUUCAGAUCAUGGAAGUCAUAGAUUGCAUGAACCAGGUGCUCAAGUUGAUCGGGCUCCAGCAUCCACAUUGAAUGACGCAGGGCAGUCACAUAUGCAAUCAAAAAAGAUGUAUGAUGUUGUUUAUACAAGAUCAAAGUUACAUAGGGAUAAGACUAAUUCAGAACAUGAAGGUGGCAUGGAAGGAAGUCCCCAAAACAAUUGCAAUCUGGGUAUGACCACAGUAGCAGAGGUCCAUGAAGGCACACCUGAUGGGGCUCGUAGGACACGGUCCAGUAAGUUUAAGUCAGCAAAUGUACUUAAGUCAGAAGAGACAUAUGGAAGUGCCCCCAGUAGCUCCUUUGGUGGAAGACAACUUCCAAGCAAGGAAUCAGAAUCAAGUUCGAUGAUGACAGUUGGAUUGAGGUCUAUCAGAAAUAGAAGAAGUAACUACUCUUCCUGUGAUGUUAGUCCAAUAAAGAAGUCACAUCGAUCAGAUAGAAAAGGAUCAUGGUUGAUGUUGACAGUACAUGAGGAGGGCUUUCACUAUAUUCCACAACAAGGAGAUGAAAUUGUGUAUUUAAGACAGGGGCAUGAAGAGUAUCUGACUCAUAAUCGCCCGAGGCUGAGAGAACAGGGCCCUUGGACCACACUGGAAGGAAAAAAAGUAAGGGCAGUGGAACUUUGUAAAGUUGAAGACCUUCAAUAUUCUACAUUUCCCGGGUCUGGGGAGAGCUGCUGCAAAUUGACACUUAGAUUUACAAAUCCUACUUCCAAUGUUUUUGAUGAAUCAUUUAAAUUAACUCUGUCUGAAGUGACUAGUCUCCCUGACUUUCUUGUGGAAAGAACUCGCUUUGAUGCUGCUAUCACUCGAAAUUGGAGCUGCCGGGAUAAAUGUAAAGUCUGGUGGUGGAAAAAUGAGGAUGGCAAUGAUGGCAACUGGUGGGAUGGCCGGGUUGUUUCUGUGAAGCCUAAAUGUUCUGAAUUUCCUGAUAGUCCAUGGGAAAGGUACGCCAUUCAGUACAGGGAUAACCCCAGGGAAACACAUAAUCACAGUCCUUGGGAGCUCUUUGAUGCAGAUACCCAAUUGGAGCAACGUCAAAUUGAUAGUAACAGUAGAGAUCAGCUACUCUCUGAGUUUGUCAAAUUAGAACAAUCAGGGCGCAAAGUUCAGGAUAAAUAUGGAGUUAAUAAAUUGAAUCAAAUCUCCGAGAAAUCCACUUUUACAAACAGGGUCCCAGUGCCACUGUCUCCUGAAAUUAUAAAGUCUAGGUUAGAGAACAACUACUAUAGAAGUUUGGAAGCAUUCAAGCAUGAUUUUCAGGUCAUGCUCAAAAAUGCAGAAGAUUUUCAGGUCAUUCAAUCAGUGAAGGUAAAAAGCCUAUCAGAGUGGUUGAGAAGGACACUAUCAUCUUUGGAGUCCCCAUAGAGAUUGAAAGAGAAAAUAAUUGGAGAGCUAAUCUAUCCAGAUUUCUCUCAAAUGUCUAUUGUAGAUAAAUUUUUACUUCCAAAUUUUUUAUUGCCUUGGAUCCAGUUUUGGGAUAUGAUUAAUCUUGGGAUUCUUUCUAGGUUGGAAGGAUAAAUCAACUAAUUGGUAGGUGGUUAAUUUUCCACCGGCAAGUUUAUUCUUGUAUAGAAAAACGAUUAUCAUCAUUUAUGCUGACAGAGAAAAUUUGGUCUUGGCAAUUUGAAUCCUGUCGAGUUACCAUGAGCUUUUUGGUUAAUGUACUAGGGGAUUUGUUUUUCGGCAAAGCCUGGAACACCUCUUACUCGUUCUGUUUUAUAAUAAUAAAUGUUUUUUAAUUUU